AAGAGAGAAAAAAAAAAAAAACGACAAUUUCCUUCACUUUCUCGAGACCCAUUCACUUUAUAUUCUAAAAAUCUAAAUCGGAGAGAAGAGUUAUUUGGAAGCAGAUUCUUUCCGGUCUAUAAGAUCUAGGGUUUCUUCACACUUUUCGCUGCUCCGAUUUUGGUUGGUUGAUUUCUGAUUUGCGCCCUUUCGAAUUUCCUCGCCCACGUCAAAAUUUAGCCUCUCUUUUUUUUUUUUUUUCUCUCUGAAAGUGUUGAUGCGAUUAUUGAUUGAUUAGAUUUACGUGAAAAUUGAGUAUGGUGGACGCUGUUGUUUCCGGAGACAUGGCUUGUCUCGACGCCGAUUUGUUGCAGCUGCCGGAGAUGUCUUCCUUUGUUCUGAAAUCGAGACCCGAAUUCACGCAGAAGCUCUUCGACCAGUGGCUUUCGCUCCCCGAAGCUCAUCGACAGGUUACAUCAUUGCUUCAAGAUGCAAUGGCGGGAGCUCCUUUGAAUGUUCCUGGAAGUGCAUCUGGUUCAGGUCCUGGUACCAGCAAUUCCUUACCAUCCAUGUUUCCAGCGGGAAGUGCUCCUCCACUUUCACCUAGGAGUUGUGGUUCACCGCGUACAAUGAAACAGAGGGCAGGCCCUUCUAAUUUAGGCUCUCCUCUAAAAGUACUCAACGAGCCUGUUAAAGAGUCCAUACCUCAGUUUUAUUUUCAAAAUGGUCGCCCACCGCCGAGCGAGAUAAAAGAGCAAUGUAUGUUUAGAGUCAACCACUUUUUCUACGGCCACAUGGAUGGACUGCAAAUACAAGAAUUCAAAUUAGUCACACGAGAAAUCUGCAAGAUCCCAUCUUUCUUCUCCACUUCACUCUUCAGGAAGAUCGAUGUUAAUAACACAGGUUUUGUUACUAGAGAAGCAUUUAUUGAUUAUUGGGUAAACGGGAACAUGUUGAUAAUGGAUACGACGACCCAAAUAUUUAAGAUACUAAAGCAGCAUAAUCAGAAUUUCCUUGUGAAGGAUGAUUUCAAGCCACUACUUAAAGAACUUUUGGCUACACAUCCUGGGCUAGAGUUCUUGCAAGGCACACCUGAAUUCCAAGAAAGAUAUGCUGAAACUGUUACCUACAGAAUUUUUUACUACAUAAAUAGAUCUGGAAAUGGUCGACUUACAUUUAGGGAGCUUAAACGAGGAAAUUUAAUUGAUGCUAUGCUUCACGCUGAUGAAGAAGAAGAUAUCAACAAAGUAUUGAGAUACUUCUCAUAUGAGCAUUUCUAUGUCAUAUACUGCAAGUUCUGGGAGCUGGAUACAGAUCACGAUUUCCAGAUUGACAAAGAAAACCUUAUGAAAUAUGGCAACCAUGCUCUUACUUACCGGAUUGUCGACAGAAUAUUCUCCCAGGUUGCUAGGAAGUUUACUAGCAAAGUUGAAGGGAAAAUGGGAUAUGAGGAUUUUGUGUAUUUCAUACUUGCGGAAGAAGAUAAAUCGUCAGAGCCUAGCCUAGAGUAUUGGUUCAAGUGCAUUGACUUGGAUGCAAAUGGGAUUCUUACGCGAAAUGAGAUGCAAUUCUUCUAUGAGGAGCAGUUACAUCGAAUGGAAUGUAUGGCACAAGAGGCUGUUCUUUUUGAAGAUAUCUUAUGUCAGAUAAUUGAUAUGAUCGGACCAGAGCAUGAAAGCUAUAUAACCCUGCAUGACCUGAAGGGCUCCAAACUCUCUGGAAACGUCUUCAACAUCCUUUUUAAUCUUAAUAAAUUUAUGGCAUUUGAAACACGGGAUCCGUUCCUCAUUCGUCAGGAGCGUGAGAACCCUACACUGACAGAGUGGGAUCGUUUUGCACAUAGAGAGUAUAUUAGGCUUUCAAUGGAAGAAGAUGUUGAAGAUGCAUCCAAUGGAAGUGCUGAAGUUUGGGAUGAGUCAUUAGAGGCUCCCUUCUGAGUUCAUCUAGGGUGUUCCAUUAUCACUGAACAGAAAUUCAAAAUCAUUGAGGAAAAAAAGUAGUGGAAGCUUUCUGGAGUCACGAAAGGGAAGACGAGUAUCUUCUCUGCUUCAACAUUCGUUAUUAGGUCAUCUUGGGGAGGUUAUCUUCUCAGGGUUUACAAUUUGGAAUCCAGCUUUGGAACCGGAAAACGUUUGGAAUUUCAAUUUUCCUUUUCAGUUAAGCUGAUUAUACACGAGUUCCAUUUAUUUAUAAUCGGCGAUGCUGAUUGCAUGCAUUUCUUCUUGUUCAUCCGUAUUGCAAUUUCUGUGCUUUUUAUUCAUAUCUAUAUGUACUCUGUAGCUACGGAGACUUCCCCAUCUUCUGUUGUUCAGAACUGUUAAUGUGAAUUGUUUUUUUUUUUUCCCCU